AUGUGGCGACAGUGGGAGUCGGAUACUGCCUGGUACCAGAACGAGGAGCUGAAGAAGCUCCGAAGGGAGAUGGGAUAUCUCCAGGUGCAGAUGAGGCUCCUUGCCCGAAUGUCUUUGAGGCAAGAAGACGAGCUCUCGCAAAUGCGAACCGAGAGAGACUUCGUGCUCACUUUCGAGCCGCCGACCCAGGCAGCAGAGGGCAACGAGGCGAACAUGCUGGGACUCCUCUUCCGGAUGGCGGUUGUUUGGAAGGAGAAGAAGGAGGCGGGCCAGGUGGACAGCAGCCUACGUAUGGUCUUGUUUUUGGGCCUGAUCAAACAGUACGUCCGGAGGAUCACCACAAGCCUGGAACAGCCCGAGGACCGGGAGCAGCUGGCCAUGCUCGAGCUUCUCCGACAGACGGAGGGCGGGGGCAUGGAGAGCGGCAGCUCCUUUGCAGCACUGCCCCACACCGACCUCAUGACGGCCCUGGCGACUUUGGAGGCUGCACCCAAGUCACCACCGAAGGCCGCGGCAACGGAGGGAGCAGCAGAGGAGCGGAAGGAGGCAACGGAGCAGGUGGGCAACACCUGUUUGCUCAAUAGCCAGUUCUGGUUGCACUUUCUUCGACAAUGGAGAUCGGACUUGACCCGGCAACAGGAUGCAGCUGAAUUUUGGGCUUACAUGCUUGAGUAUGCGAAGCCGGCACCAAUGGUGCUCUUCUUUCAACUUAAGCGAUGGUCUCAGAAGGACAGUCGGCGACCGGUUCACAAGGACUUGGCAAUAUUUCCUUUUGAGGUUGGAGCUACCCUUGACCUGCCCUUCUUUGAGAGUGCCCAAGGUCACUACCGUUCCAUUCUGAGUGGCCGUCGGCAGCUUCCGGAUGGCAGUGAUAAGUGGACUGCAAUGAUUACUGAUGAUGAUAGAUCGAUAC